AUGCCUCUUCUUCCUCUCCCAUCCACCACCAAAACCCUAAAUUCUCCAUCCCCUUUCUACCUCCACCAUGUCUCUUCCUUUCAAUCCAAAUCCAAACCCAAAUUCCAGUUUCAUCCAAUUCUCUCUCUCAAUCUCGCCUGUAAAGGUCUCACUCUCGCCGUCUCUUCCUCAUCACCGCCCGAUACGAAGCUGAGAAGCGUGGGAUCCAAAAAUAUUGAUGUUGCCACUAUGGGUAAUCUCUGUGUUGAUAUUGUUCUUAAUGUUCCGCAAUUGCCACCUCUGUCUGUUCAUGAACGCGAAGCUUUCAUGGAACGUUUGGCUUCCUCUCCACCUCCCAAGAAAUAUUGGGAAGCUGGUGGGAACUGCAAUAUGGCUAUAGCAGCUGCGAGGUUGGGACUUGACUGUGUAUCAAUUGGUCACGUGGGUGAUGAAAUAUACGGGAACUUUCUAUCAGAUGUGCUUCGUGAUGAGGGUAUUGGUAUGGUUGAGAUUACUCCUGGUGAUGAUACUGUCAGUAGCUGUGGUGACUCUUGUGAAACACUUAUAUGCUGGGUUCUCGUUGAUCCUUUGCAAAAACAUGAUUUUUGUAGUCGAGCUGAUUUUUGCAAGGAACCUGCAUUUAAUUGGCUGAGCAAAAUUUCUAGAGAAGCAAGAUUAGCUAUUCAAAAUUCAAAGGUUUUGUUUUGUAAUGGAUAUGGUUUUGAUGACCUAUCUCCUAGUUUACUGCAAUCUGUAGUGGACUGUGCUGUUGAAGUUGGCACAUCAAUCUUUUUUGAUCCAGGACCACGUGGGAAGAGUCUCUCUGCUGGAACACCAGAAGAACAAAGAGCUCUUAACCAGUUUUUGAGGAUGAGUGAUGUUCUUCUCUUAACGGCUGAUGAGGCUGAGUCAUUAACUGGCAUAGGAGAUCCGAUAUUAGCUGGGCAAGAGUUGCUUAAAAGAGGGAUCCGUACAAAGUGGGUGAUUGUAAAAAUGGGUCUUAAGGGUUCAAUUCUAAUAACUACAACAAGUAUAGUGUGUGCACCUGCAUACAAGGUGAACAUUGUUGACUCUGUUGGGUGUGGAGACAGUUUUGUAGCUGCUAUUGCAUACGGUUUUAUACAUAAUUUGCCAAUGGUUAAUACAUUAGCAAUUGCAAAUGCAGUAGGUGCUGCAACAGCCAUGGGCUGUGGUGCUGGUAGGAAUGUAGCAUCAUUGGAAAAAGUUGUGGAUAUAUUAAGAUCACCUAACCUCAAUGAAGAUAAUGAGUUUUGGACCGAAAUUCUCGAAAAGAAAGUGUUAGAUCAGGAAGUAACAUGUCUGUCAAAUAUUAUGAAUGGAAACAGAAAUCAUCUCAACUUUGUCUCAUUUGACCAGGUUGCCUCUGAGCUCUUGCCCAAACUUGAGUUUCCACAAACAGUGGAGAAUGUUUCAACUUGA